CGAGAAGGGGACGGUAUAAUUAUUUACCCGCCGGGAGGAGCCUCACAAUUCAUUUCCAACAGAAAUCUAGACAGCUUGACAGAAUCUAGCCCCCACCCCGGGACCCAUCUUCACUACAACCACAGCAGCAAGUAUCCUGUACCUCCGGGGCUAUAAAGGCCGUGGUCCCAUGGCCUAACCAGCCCCGGGCAAGGGAAGAAGAAGAAGCACAAGAAGAGGAGGACCUAAGAAGCAGUACAAAGCGAAGAAGCAGAAGAGGAGGACCUACGAAGCGGUACAAAGCGAAGAAGAAGAAGAGGAGGAAGGAUAAUCAUGAGUGACACCAAGAGGCCGCACGAGGAGGCAGAGGAGGAGGAUGACGAUGAGUGGAUCGGUCCCAGGCCUGAUGAAGCGGCGCCAGAACCCAAGGCAAAGAAAAUAAAAGUGCUGGAGCAUGAACAGAUGUACCUGGAGAACCUGCCCGCUGCUGAAUACUAUGAGAAGAGCUACAUGCACCGGGACACCGUCACACAUGUCGUGGUCACCAAAACUGACUUCAUCAUCACUGGAAGUUGUGAUGGCCACAUAAAGUUUUGGAAGAAGCAGGAAGAGGGAGUAGAGUUUGUGAAGCAUUUCCGUGCCCACCUUGGGAAUGUGCAGCACCUGGCGGCAAACUACUCCGGCACCAGGCUGGUCUCCCUCUCCAACGACAAGGCUCUCAAAGUCUUUGAUGUGGAAAACUUUGACAUGAUAAACAUGCUUAAGCUGGAUUUCACUCCAUCUACUGGUGAGUGGAUCCACCCUGUGUCAGACCCACAACACACCAUAGCUGUGGCGGACGCUGAAAGCACAAAAAUCUACAUAUUUGACGGGCAUGGUACAAACACGCCCCUCCACGUGCUGGACUCCAUCCACACCAAGCCUGUGUCAAUCAUAAAGUACAACCCCAAGUAUGAUAUUGUCAUUUCCUCUGAUGAAAUUGGGAUGAUUGAGUACUGGUGUGGCUCAAAGAAAGAUUUCCAGACGCCAACUUGUGUCAGUUUUGAGUCAAAAUUAGACACAGAUCUGUUUGAGUUUGUGAAGAACAAGACGUUUCCGCGAUGCAUCACCAUAUCACCCAACGGACAACAGUUUGCCACCAUUGGUGAUGACAAGAAGGUAAGGGUCUUCAAGUUCCUGACCGGCAAACUCACCCGAGUGUUUGAUGAGAGUCUCCAGCAUUACAUUGAGCUGCAGCAGCAGAAGCAGCAGAUUCCAAAUAUGGAGUUUGGGAGAAGGUUGGCUGUUGAGCGAGACGUGGAGAAAGGCGGCGCCUUGGGAGUGUGCAAUAUCCUGUAUGAUGAGAGCGGCUACUUCCUGCUGUAUGCCACCAUGCUGGGAGUGAAGAUUGUCAACCUUUACAACAACCGGCUGGUUCGAACAAUUGGCAAGCCUGAGAACUUAAGACUGUUGAACCUUGCACUCUUCCAGGGUAAAGUAAAGAAGAACAAAGGUGCCCUCACAAUGGAGAUGGAGGCUUCAGAAAACCCUGCCUUGGACUCCAUCAAGGCUGACCCAACCCUUGUGGCCACAGCCUUCCGCAAGAACCGUUUUUACCUCUUCACGAAACGAGAUGCCACCGACACCAAGAGUGUGGACACAGACCGAGACGUCUUCAAUGAGAAGCCUUCGAAGGAAGAUAUCAUUGCUGCCACAGAACAAGGAGGUGGACAACGUUUGUACGAGACUGCUGUUCUUCACACCUCACUUGGGGACAUAACGGUGAAGCUCUUCCCUAAGGAGUGUCCCAAGACUGUGGAGAACUUCUGUGUGCAUGUCAAGAAUGGCUAUUACAACGGCCACCUGUUUCAUCGUGUUAUCAAGCAGUUCAUGAUCCAGACAGGAGAUCCACUGGGAACUGGUGUUGGUGGGGAGAGCAUCUGGGGCGGGGAGUUUGAGGAUGAGUUCCACCCGUCCCUUCGCCACGACCGCCCCUACACCCUCAGUAUGGCCAAUGCCGGGCCCAACACCAAUGGAUCGCAAUAUUUCAUCACAGUUAUUCCUACACCGUGGCUAGACAACAAGCACACUGUGUUUGGACGAGUCAUCCGGGGAAUGGAGGUUGUGCAGAACAUUUCCAACGUCAAGACCAACCCCAAGACUGACAAACCAUACGAUGACAUCACCAUCAUAUCAGUGUCAGUUAAAUAAAUCACUAGAAAAUAUACCUGUGCAUAAGUAAGGACCUAAUACACAAGAGAUACAGUCUAAA